AUGGCUACUACAGAAGACGCGGCUAAAAGUCGCCAUGGAUCUUACAAGGGCGAGUCUAAGUAUGGAGCUGGCAGGCACGAGUUUAUGGUUGACUGGACGAAUGUCAGACAGGUGAUCAAGAACAAUCAUGGCUGGGUGAGCAAGGUGUCAACUGAUUGGUCUGUAGCGUAUGCGUUACUGAAGUCUAAAACCAUUAAAAUGUUGUUGGUCAAUUCGGCAUCGCAAUUGCGUAUUGUCGCGGAAGCCAUCGAGUCAGACCAUGUGCUGAACGUGAUGUAUCUAAAGAAAUUUAAGAUGCUUGCCUUCCGAGCGGUAUUUUGGACGAAUGACUUCACUGGGGGUGCAUCGGAACAAGGAAUCAAGGAUUGGAACUUGUUGGGUCCUGUGGCGGAGGUCGAGGACGGCAAGUCGAAGUCGGAUGGUGAAGCUGAAAAGUCGUCCGUUCCGGAACCUUCAACUAAACGCCUUAUGACGGCAGAAAAAGGGGUCAUAGGCUGGGCCAAAAUUGCGGAAUGGCCCAAGUUGAACGCUAUAAUUGAGAAUGUUCGGCUGUUAUCAAUGCAGCGUUCUCAAGAAGUCGCUUGCAUCAUUGAACCAUCUCUUACUAAUGAAUUUGUCAGAGCAAGGAUCAACGCAAUGAUCGACAAUCCUGUCUUCGGGUAA